AUGGAUGUCAGGGCUGUGCUGGAGAGCACUUUCUCGCCUGAUGCCAAAGUUCGUGGUGAUGCCGAGCAGCAACUGAGGACCGCCGAGCAGACCGACUUUUCAGCGUACCUCUCUAUUCUCUCCUCCGAACUUGCCAACGAGGCUAGCAGCCCCCCUGUCCGCCAGGCCGCUGGCCUUGCCCUCAAAAAUGCUUUCACAUAUCGCGACCUGACCCGUCUACGGGAGGUCCAGGGCAGAUGGCUGCAACAAGUUGCUCCCGACGUCAAGGAUAAAGUCCGAUCAGAUGCGCUCCAGACCCUUCACUCGGCUGGCCUGGCCGCCGCGUCCGCUGCCCAACUCAUCGCUGCCAUUGCCGCCAUCGAGCUGCCGAGGGGUGAAUGGCGCGAUUUGAUGGACAUCCUGGUUAAGAACGUCCAGAGCACGGAUCCCAAUUCAUCAAAUGUCAAGCAGUCAAGUUUGACCACCAUUGGUUUCAUCUGCGAGUCCGAAGAUAUGGAGUUGCGUGAGGUUCUGAUCACUCAGAGCAACGCCAUUCUCACCGCCGUUGUAACGGGCGCUAAGAAGGAAGAGCCUGAUCAAGAAGUCCGACUGGCUGCCCUCACGGCGCUCAGCGACGCUACCGAAUUCAUUCGCACCAACUUUGAGAAGGAGAACGAGCGAAAUUACAUCAUGCAGGUUGUCUGCGAGGCCACACAAGCCGAAGACACCCGAGUCCAGGCCGCCGCCUUUGGCUGUCUGAACCGCAUCAUGGGAAUCUAUUACCACGAAAUGAGCUUCUACAUGCAGCGUGCCCUGUUCGGUCUCACUGUUGGUGGCAUGAAGAGCGAUGAAGAGGACGUUGCCAAGCUGGCGAUCGAGUUCUGGUGUACUGUGUGUGAGGAAGAAAUCUCGAUUGAUGACGACAACCAGCAGGCGCAAAACGAAGGCUCAACCGAGCUGCGGCCGUUUUUCCAGUUUGCCCGUGUCGCAUCUAAAGAAGUCAUUCCCGUGCUUCUGAUGCUGAUGACCAAGGUGGAGGAGGAUGAUGCGGAUGAAGAGUACAAUGUUGCCCGUGCUGCGUACCAGUGCUUGCAGCUUUUCGCUCAGACCAUCGGCGGCGAUGUCGUGCCUAUUGUGCUUCAGUUCGUCGAGCAGUACAUCCGAAGCCAGAACUGGCGUGAACGAGAUGCUGCUGUCUCGUCCUUUGGUGCCAUCAUGGAUGGUCCCGACAUCAAGAUUCUGGACCCUCUUGUUAAACAAGCGCUCCCAAUCCUUCUCAAGACCAUGCUCGAGGACUCUCAAGUCCAGGUGCAAGACUCUGCCGCAUACGCAUUGAGCAGAAUCUGCGACUACUGCGCCGACUGUAUUGACCCAACCGAGCACCUGCCGGAUUUGAUGAAAGCCCUCUUCCAUGGGCUGCAGAGCAAUCCCAAGAUUGCCGCCUCUUGCUGCCUGGCCCUACUCAACUUGACCGAGCGCUUCGUGGGUCCUGAGGACUCGCCGACCAACUCUCUUACACCAUAUUUCGAAGAGAGCGUUAAGAUUCUGCUCGCUGUUACUGCUAAGCAGGACCAGCCUGAUGCCGCUGUCCGCACGGCUGCCUAUGAGGUGCUGGGCGGUUUCGUCACAAAUACUGCCAGCGACAGCAAGCCGUUGGUUGAGAGCCUGACCGCGGAGAUCAUCCAGCGGUUGCACGCCACGAUCCAGUACCAGAAUCAGCUUGUCAGUGUUGACGACAAACUACAGCUCGAAGAGCUGCAGGUCAGCCUGGCUUCUGUCCUACUCGCCAUCGUCCAGAGACUUGAGGGCAGUAUUAACGUGGAGAUGGCUAACGCCAUCAUGUCUGUGAAUCUAGAAGUUCUGAAAAACGCCUCUCACACGAGUGUUCCCGAGGUCAUCUUCCAGAUUGUUUCUGGUUUGGCCAAUGCUCUCGGUGCCCAAUUUGAGCGGUACAUGGACGAUUUCACCCCAUACCUGUACAACGCUCUCGGCAACCACGAGGCCCCCGACAUGUGCUCUCUGGCUAUUGGGUUGGUCAGCGACGUUGUCCGUGCCCUGGAGGCUCAGUCGCAGCGCUUCUGCGAUACCUUUAUGAACUAUUUGCUGAACGCUCUUGCGUCCAACAAGAUCGCGAAUCAGCUAAAGCCUCCUAUCUUGGAGACUUUCGGCGACAUCGCCACCUCUAUUGGCCAGGCAUUCGAGCCAUAUGCUCAAACUGUUGCCAAUGUCUUGGAGCAGGCUCGCACAGUCUCGGCCGCUCCAGAUGUCACCUUUGACAUGUUGGAUUACAUUGUCUCCCUUCGCUCUGGCAUUGCUGAUGCCUGGGGAGGUAUGGUCAUGGCCUUCAAGGGGACUCCUAAGGUCAACUUGAUCGAGGGCUUUGUGCAGCAAAUUUUCAAUUUCCUUGAGAGCGUUUCACAGGACGGCAACCACAAUGAGGGCCUCCUGAGGGCGUGCAUGGGCCUGAUUGGUGAUCUUGGCGAGACCUUCCCAGACGGCCAGCUCGCCAGCUACUUUGGAUCCGAGCCCGUCCUUAGACUCAUCAAAGAAACUAGAAGCACUCGCGAGUUCUCGGACCGCACCAGACAGACGGCGAAGUGGGCGCGCCAAGUCGUCAAAGUACAGACAAGUGGUCAUCAAGGUGAAGCCAUGAAAUAA